UUUCAGGCUGAGCAAUUCACGAUAUUAUGGGUUUUAUUCACCAUGAUAGUUCUUGGGAAUUCAGCGGUGUUGGUGGCCCUGGUAGUGAGUAAAAGUAGAAAAUCGAGGAUGAAUUUCUUCAUACGGCAACUAGCAAUAGCCGAUUUGUCUGUGGGUUUGAUAAACGUCUCCACCGACAUAGCAUGGAGGAUAACUGUGGCAUGGCAUGCAGGCAACGCCCUGUGUAAGUUGAUACGGUUCCUGCAAGCCGUAGUAACUUAUUCGUCGACUUACGUCCUGGUGGCUCUCUCCAUAGACAGAUACGACGCCAUUACGCAUCCAAUGAACUUCUCCGGAAGUUGGAAACGUGCAAGGAUGCUAGUAGUGCUAGCCUGGAUGCUCAGCAUACUCUUCUCUCUCCCCACUGUAUUUCUCUUUGAAGAAAAACCAGUCGAAGAUAUUCCCCAAUGUUGGAUAGACCUGUUGCAGUGGCAAUGGAAGGUGUACAUGACACUGGUGGCCCUCGUCCUUUUCGUCAUUCCGGCCCUGAUAAUCAGCGCGUGUUACGCAGUCAUCGUGUGGACAAUUUGGACCAAGAGCAAAUUACUCAUUCCCAUAGGGCACAUACCCAUAAGGCAAAGCGAUGACCACAGAAUCAUCACACCUCGAGCAUUCCACGAGGACCACGAUUGUCGCAGGGCCAGCUCAAGAGGGAUCAUUCCACGUGCCAAAAUCAAGACUGUCAAAAUGACGUUUGGGAUCGUGUUCGUAUUCGUGAUAUGUUGGAGUCCCUACAUAAUUUUCGAUUUGCUGCAAGUGUACGGCCACAUUCCCAAAACCCAAACGAACAUCGCCAUAGCUACGCUCAUCCAGAGUUUGGCCCCUUUGAAUUCUGCCGCGAAUCCUGUCAUAUAUUGUCUCUUUUCGACGCACAUUUGCGGGAAUUUGCGAUGCGGCAAAUUACUAAAACAUUUAACGUUCGAUCCGUGCAGAAAAGUGCCGCCAUUCUCGUGGAUCAGCGGCUGUCUGGCCGCGUGCUGCCCCGCCAGCCGGUACACGCAAGCGCAGCGAGGCGCCGCCGGAACCGUCACUACCACGCUGACGCACUCGUCGCGGCGAUCGGCCUCGGGCGUGUCCCUGAGGCACACCAUACGGCUGAAGCCGGCGCUGGCGAACGACGGGCGCAAAGUGGCCGUUUCCGUGGUAUAG